AUGGAACUCAAAGCCUACAAAACCAGGUCUAUACAAGGCUUCAACACCGACGGCACCCUUGACCGCGCGAGGCUUGAUCUCCUCUGCAGCCCGCAUCGCCCCGAGUAUUUCCUCUCCAGCUCCCCCCCUCGCGUCGAUAGCGGCUACAACUCUCCGACGUUGUCGCCAACCGCGGCAGAACUACCGACGACUACUACCAUGUCGCUGCCGCUCAUCCGCCGUGCCCUGCCCAAGGGCGGCAGGAAACCCCACGUCUGCAUCGUCGGUGCUGGAGUCAGUGGCCUGCGAUGUGCCGACAUCUUGCUGCAGGCUGGGCUGAGGGUGACGGUGUUGGAGGCGAGGAAUCGAGUGGGUGGACGGUUGAGCGGUGUCGACCUCACCGCCACUUUAGAGGCUCUCCUAUCUGUGGGAGAUAGGCUAAUGAUAUUUGUGGAAAUCGUCAGCGGCCCAAACUGGAUCCAUGGGACUGAAGACAAUCCGAUUCUGGAUCUUGCAAAAGAGACGGGAACCAUCUCUCACAACUGGGAUGGGCGCCAGUGCAUCUUCGACCCGCAAGGCUCACCGCUCCCGGAGAAAGAGGCCGUUGAGGCCUCCGAGACGAUUUGGAGCAUAAUAGGUGACGGCAUGGAGUUCAGCAAGCAGAACAGCGCGUCAAUACCUGCGAGUAAAAGCUUGCUUGACUACAUCCAUGAGAAAACGAAAGAACUGUACACCGACGAGGAUUCGAAUCACCUCCAGGAGGCCGAAAAGGAGAAAAAACGCCAUCUACUACACAAGAUCGCGGAAAUGUGGGGUGCCUUCGUCGGCAGCCCCAUCCAGCAACAGAGCAUGAGGUUCUUCUGGCUCGAGGAGUGCAUCGACGGAGAGAACCUGUUCGUGGCCGAAACCUACCACAAGAUCCUGGACAGAAUAGCGAAACCCGCCCGCGAAGGCGCAGACAUCCAGUUCGGCCAAUACGUGAAGACGGUCGAAACCAUCGCCGACGCGGAGGGCAACGAGAACGGCGCCGUGCAGGUGCGUCUGGCAGACGGCAACAGCAUGGUCUUCGACGAGGUUGUUAUGACCACGCCCCUGGGCUGGCUCAAGCGCAACAAGGAUACCGCCUUCGUGCCGCCGCUGCCAGAGCGCCUGUCCAGUGCUAUCGACAGCAUAGGAUACGGCUGCCUUGACAAGGUCUACAUCACCUUCCCGACGGCGUUUUGGGAGACUUCCUCGCCUUCAUCCUCCUCCUCCUCCCCGGAUUCCAUCCCCACGUCCGCCCGCCAAUCCAUGCCCAACACCACCGCCACCACCGCACCCGUCCACCAGCCAGACCAGACCGUGACCGCAGACGGCAGCAGCAGCGACCCGAGCCACCACCCAGGCUUCACGCAAUGGACGGCACCGCUGUACGCACACGACACCAACCCCGCCGGCUGGAGCCAAGAAUGCGUCAACAUGGCCGCCCUACCCGGCUCAACCGCCUACCCAACCCUCCUCUUCUACACCUUCGGCCCAACAUCCCAACACAUCGCCUCCAUCCUCAAAGAAGGCGAGAAGGAGCAACCCACCACCGCCACCUCCCCCUUCUCCACCACCACUCCCCCCUCCAUCUCCCCACCCGCCCACUCCCCCACCCACCACAAACUCCUCUCCUUCUUCGCCCCCUACUACACGCGCCUGCCCGGCUUCGACGCCGCCAACCCGCAUCACCAACCCUCCGCCGUCCUCGCCACGGGCUGGACCAACGACGAGCUGGCCGGCUACGGCAGCUACUGCAACUUCCCCGUCGGCCUUGAGCGCGGCGCUGAUGAUGUUGAGGCCAUGCGCCGCGGCGUGCCUGACCGCCGCGUCUGGCUCGCUGGCGAGCACACGGCUAGCUUCCUUGCGCUCGGGACGGUUACGGGUGCGUACUGGAGCGGGGAGGGGGUGGGGAGGGCGGUGGCGUGGGCGUAUGGGUGUGGUGGUGAAGGUGAAGGUGAAGGUGAAGGUGCUGAUGGGGUGAAUAAGGGUGGGGAGGAGGAUGGGGAGGCCGGGGUGAAGGUUUAA